ACGGUCCCGCACCGCUCUAGCCUUCUUGCGGGUUUCUUCUACCGUAGCAGCAUAACGGGGCUCCGGCCUGAUGUCCGAGCUGCCUCAGCUUCUGAAGCCUGUUUGAGAAAUGUUUCACCAGAGUGCGGAGGAGGCGAGAGACACCAGCUUUAGCAAAACAGAUAAACCAUCAUGAUUCCCGUCACAGAGCUCCGAUACUUUGCUGACACCCAGCCAGCGUACCGCAUCCUGAAGCCAUGGUGGGACGUUUUCACAGACUACAUCUCAAUCGUCAUGCUGAUGAUUGCGGUGUUCGGCGGGACGCUGCAGGUCACACAGGACAAGAUGAUCUGCUUGCCUUGCAAGUGGGUCGUUAAUGACUCGUGCGAGGUCAUGCCCAUGCCGAAUCUGACCACCCACUACGCACCGGAACCCAAAGGCAUUCAGUAUGACCUCGACCGACAUCAGUAUAACUAUGUAGACGCAGUCUGCUAUGAGAAAAAACUACACUGGUUUGCCAAAUAUUUCCCCUAUCUGGUGCUACUCCACACUCUAAUCUUCCUGGCCUGCAGCAACUUCUGGUUUAAGUUCCCCCGCACAAGCUCUAAAGUGGAGCAUUUUGUCUCCAUCCUCCUCAAGUGCUUCGACUCCCCGUGGACAACGAGAGCUUUGUCUGAGACCGUGGUGGAGGAGAGCGACCCCAAGCCUGUGGGGAAAAUGAACGGUUCGAUGGACAAGAAGGCCUCAAGCGCGAGCGAGGAUGUUGAGGCCAGUGUGCCCAUGCUCCAACGAACAAAGACCAGAAUUGAACAAGGAAUUGUUGAUCGCUCUGAAACUGGAGUUUUAGAUAAAAAGGAAGGGGAGCAGGCCAAGGCCCUUUUUGAAAAGGUUAAAAAGUUCAGAAUACAUGUAGAGGAGGGUGAUAUAGUGUACCGUCUUUACAUACGUCAGACCAUUAUCAAGGUAAUAAAGUUUAUACUGAUAAUUGGCUACACAGCCCACUAUGUAAAACACAUCAGCUUCAAUGUGCUGUGCACAGAGAAUAUUCAGAAUCUAACCGGGUACAGCUCGUUUCAUUGCGCUCAUCCGUUAGCAACUCUUUUCAGGAUUUUGGCCGGUUUCUACAUCUCCCUGGUGGUGGUUUAUGGACUCAUCUGCAUGUACACUCUUUGUUGGAUGCUCAGCCGCUCCCUGAAACGAUACUCCUUUGAAGCAAUCCGCGAGGAAAGCAGUUACAGUGACAUCCCAGAUGUAAAGAACGACUUUGCCUUCAUGCUGCACAUGAUAGAUCAGUAUGACCCUCUUUACUCCAAGCGCUUCGCUGUGUUUCUGUCAGAGGUGAGUGAAAACAAGCUGAGGCAACUCAACCUGAACAAUGAGUGGACACUGGAGAAGCUACGGCAGCGUAUCACCAAGAACUCCCAGGAGAAGCUGGAGCUGCACCUCUUCAUGCUCAGCGGGAUUCCAGACACGGUGUUUGAUCUGAUUGAACUAGAGGUGCUCAAGCUGGAACUUAUUCCAGAUGUUACUAUCCCUCCAAUCAUUGCCCAGCUUUCCAACCUAAAAGAAAUGUGGCUCUAUCACACCCCGGCUAAAAUUGAGGCUCCAGCUCUGGCCUUUCUAAGAGAGAAUCUGAAGUCCCUCCACAUUAAGUUCACUGAUAUCAAGGAGAUCCCAUUGUGGAUCUACAGCCUGAAGAAUCUCAGAGAGCUGCAUUUAACCGGGAACCUGAGUGCUGAGAAUAAUCGUUACAUUGUCAUCGAUGGGCUCCGAGAGCUCAAAAGUCUCAAAGUGCUACGGCUUAAGAGCAACCUCACUAAGCUUCCCCAGGUGGUAACGGAUGUGGGUGUGCACCUUCAGAAGCUCUCCAUCAACAAUGAGGGCACCAAACUAAUGGUGCUCAACAGCCUGAAGAAAAUGGUCAACCUGACUGAGCUGGAGCUCAUUCGUUGCGAUCUCGAACGUAUUCCGCACUCCAUCUUUAGCUUGCACAACCUGCAGGAAAUCGACCUGAAGGACAACAAUCUGAAGACGAUAGAGGAGAUCAUCAGCUUCCAGCACCUGCACCGCCUCGUGUGCCUGAAGCUGUGGUACAACCAGAUUGCCUAUAUCCCCAUUCAGAUCGGAACACUCACCAACCUGGAAAGGCUCUAUUUGAAUAGGAACAAGAUAGAGAGGAUCCCCAGCCAGCUUUUCUUUUGCCGCAAGUUGCGCUUCUUAGACCUGAGCCACAACAAUCUGACCAGCAUCCACCCAGAUGUGGGCUUCCUCCAGAACCUGCAGUAUUUUGCAGUGACAGCAAACAGGAUUGAGACGUUGCCCCCAGAGCUGUUCCAGUGUAAGAAACUUCGUACUCUGAAUCUGGGGAACAACUGCUUGCAGACUCUACCGUCACGUUUUGGGGAACUGACCGGGCUGACUCAGCUGGAGCUGCGAGGGAACCGUCUGGAGUGUCUUCCGGUGGAGCUUGGCGAGUGCCGACUGUUGAAGAAGAGCAGCCUGGUGGUGGAGGAGGACCUGUUCAACACGCUUCCCUCAGAAGUGAAAGAGCAGCUGUGGAGGGCCGAUAAGGAACAAGCCUGAGCCGAACCACUGUGGAUAGCUGCAGAGGAGAGAAGUUUGAUCAGAGGAAUGAAGAAGCAGUGAAAUUUUUUGAAACUUUGAAGGAGAUGCAGCAGUUCUGGCCCAACAGGCACAGGAAAGUGAUGGCUUUUGGAAUUGUCUCAUGCCUGUCAGUGGAAUAAUCUCAUAACCUAGCUUGGCGAUGAAAGGUGGUUUGGUAUUGUGGCCUUUCAGUGUUUCCUCCAGGUGAUGUUGAGUAUGCAUGCCACAAUAGGAACUGUCCAAAGCAAACCCGUUUAUUUAAACUUUGCACGAUUCAACCUUGCCAGUGAUCUACAUGUGCUGAUUAUCACUACUUUACUAUCAACAGGAAAUAUGCACAGAAGAGUGUUAGCCUGAUGUUCUCUGGCCUCGAGACUGAAAAUCACUUUUGAGUUUUAUACGGUUAUAUCUGCAGAUGAGGUGCAGCGUGCCUCACUGUGCUAGCAGAUGUAAUUGAACGAAUUACAGCGCAACUGAUAGCCGAUGUGUUGAGGCAUGAAGCUUUGCCGUGUUGUUUUUCCUUCUGGCUUUCUUUAUGCUCGACUUACUCUGAGGCAUUUUUUUUUUACGUAGACAAAAUGACUUGAUGAAGAUUAGCAAAUCAUCUCACGGGUGAUCUCACAGCUUAGGCCUUAGCUCAGAAGAUGAACUUCAAAGAAACAAAGCUGUCAAAUAUUCAGUGGAAACAAAUGGGAACAUACUCUACAGUUCAAUGUCUAAAUACCCUGCAGUUGUUAAACUAUAACGUCAGUCUGUGAGGCAGGCUGUUUGUUAACUGCCUAGGAAGUUAUGGUGGACAAAUCCAUCUUUUUUCUUUGAAUCUUUUUGUUUCAACGAGCAUUAUACUUUUUUUUUAGUGUGUUACUUUAUCAGAUUUAAUAUGACACCUUGUAAUGUGUUGGGAAAAGGCCAAGAAUUUAAUCUGGUGUACUUUUAAGUUGUACCAUACAUUAGCAUUAUGUUUGGGCCUGUGAGAAGGGCUGUUUUAUUGUGAAUAAUGGAAUGCAAUGUUAUGCACAAUAGACGUGUAGUUUUGGUUUUGCAUUUAUUUUAAAAAGAAAUUGUCAACACUAUACCCAUAUUAUUGUUAUUUUCUUUGCUAUGUUGUAAUUACAUGUAAUUAUGUGAGGUUAGUUGUCCUUGCAUUACAAGUCACAGCGGAUUUCUUUUUGUUUUGUUUUGUUUUGGGUUCUUUAGUUAAAAUUGAUAUUGAUAUACCUUUAUUAGUCCCACAAGGGGAAAUUUCAUAAGGCUGCCGACCUAUUGCACGCAAUGGCGGCGCCAUCUUAUAUGGAGCAUAGAUACUGCUAAUCACACAUCGAGCAGAUAAUACACUUAAAAAAUGAACAAGAAUGAAGGUACUUUUUUCUUCUUUUCUUUAUUCCUCUUUUUUUUAAUGCGCCAUAUGAUUUAUGAAGCUUUAGUCAAGCUUUACAUGUGUGGGACUCCCAAAGGAAAUGAACUUCAGAUGUGAUAAUGGAAAGUUUAGAUACUUCCUGUUUGAGAAGAGUUGAGUCAAGCUUCUAAAGCAGACACUUAUAUGUAAUCUGUUUAUCUAAGUGACAGAUGAGGACAAACAGGAAAUGGAAAAGUGGAGAAACAUUUAGAUCAGACAACAGAAGGGAAACAUUUGUAGAGAGAGGGAGAGAGAAGACGAACAUGCAAUAUGUGAUUCCCACCAUCUAUGGACCAAAUUAAUGUAACAUGCGUGGUUUGCUUGAAACACUUUCCUUAUUAAGGCCUUUGGAUUUAAUAGCAUCAUUUGGACUAAUUCUGCCAUGUUUACCCCAGCCAAGCAUCUCUUGCAGCUAAUAUGGCCUUAGCUUUUACAAGCUUUAUACCCCAGGAUUGAUUGCAAACAUCACAAACUUGGCUCGUUUUUUAUUUCUUGUGCUGUAAAAUGUAUAGCUGAAAUAUUUAAUGUGUUUGUUUCAUGUGUACCGUAUUCUUCCUACCUGCUGUUUUUCUCUUUUGAUUCAAGCUUUUUAAAGGAAGGUUAACUCUAAUGAUACAAUUAUACCUUUGUUCACGGUAUAUUUUGUUUACUGAGGCCUUGACUGAAUCCAAAUGUCCUUGUAGGGGGAGCUAGUAAAGCGCUCCCAUGCGGUAUUAAAAGGCAGAAAUAGGAGCUUUAGCUUUAUGUGAGCUGACGAGCAACUAGUGCUAACAUUGCAACAGAGAUUGCAGAUGGAAGCAAAAAGGAAAUAAUGCCAGAGAAACAGAUUCAUCCACAGGAAAUCUUAGCUUUCCUAGAAAGGAUUGAAUGCUUAAAUUGAAUUGCUUGCAUACUGCGGGAUAAACGUGAGCAGUGCCAAGUAUGCGGAUAGGGCCUGUUGGCCUGCCGGCCUGCCAAUCAAUCCACAAAAGUAGGCAAGUAAAUAAUGCAGUAACAUAGAAAUGUCUAUGAUGUUCGGCUAUAACUGGCAGUUUACUCUGAGUUAGCCCAUCUAGUUCUGAUUAUUGAUUGUUAUUAUUUUUUUAAAAACAAUGUAUCAUGUUGUUCUUCAUUGUUGCCAAUACGUAGCAUUCCUGUUAUUGCUAAUUAAGGUUUUUAUUUCAGGAAAGUGUCACUUUCAAAGCAUUAAUAACUGGCCUUAGUCAACUUUAGGUUGUCUGUAAAGCUUUCUGUUUGCACACAGCACUUAAGCAGUGUACAGUGGUACUAAUGGCAGACAGGGCCUGACCGAUAUCGAUACCGAUAUUUGGUGACUUAAAAAGCCAAUACUCGAUAUUUUUCGUUUCUCUUUCAAACGCACUAAACAUAAACAAAUUCUCCUGAUGUAUUUUAUGUGUUGUUAUUUAUUCACCUCCGCUCUGCUGGGAUCAGGCGGCUGUUGUGUUUGCGUCGUUCCAAACACGCGUUGAUGAAAGGGAAGUUGCAGACUGCCCUCUGGUGGACAAUCUAUGCAACAUCAACACUCAUGACAUGGUUGAAGGAUGUUUCUCCUGUCUCUUCUCUUUUUAAAGUUUUCAUUUAUCAACAACACUGUUGUAAAUGCCAAUACCUAUACAUUGGCGAAUAGCUAAUAUCGGGCAAUAAUAUUGUUGUGUUCUAAUGGCAGACUUUAAAUUUACAAAGCCCAAGGAUAACAACUGUAUGCACAUUUUUUUGUUAUAAAAUUUUAGCCUUAACAUGUGGGUCACAUCAUUAGUUCUGGGAGUGCAGACAUAUAUAAAAACCUAAAUUAUUUCCUAGUAGAGCUUGUAUAGUCAGUAUAACUCGCGAAGAUGGAUGGUGCUCAUUCGCACUCUCUCACACUACUUUGUCAAAAUUCCCAUGAAUAUGCUUUUAUCUGGUGGUUUGUUUGUUUUUCGUGUGUAUGUUUGGACACAUAUGCACAAAUAUUAUGGUGACGAGUUGCCUUGGUCAUUUUUGUUCUAUCCUUCGAGCUGUGACUCUACAGUCCUUCACCGCCACGUCCCUCUGAGUCAUGCGUCUAAUUUUCAGCCCACUCCCUUUUCUGUUAGUGAAUCAGGUGAAGGUCCGAGGAAAAGGUCAGUCAGACAUUCCCACGAAACCAAAAGGAGGAAGUUUUGAUGACUCAUACGUGCUCCUUGGUUACAAGAAAACUCUAGCAGUUUCAGAUAUAGUCUCAGCUCAUUUUCACCCAAACACAUUGAGUCAGUGCGUAUAAAAGCUUUUCUUGUUUUUGUUCUUCUUCUUUUUUGUUAUUUUCCAGCUUUUCCCAAUUCCUUUUGUGUGUUUCUAAAUUAUGUAUCACUUAAGCAAUGUUUGUGUGAAGCAGUGUGACUGGUCAGUUUAUUCUUGCUCAUAAUCAUUCAUAUUGCUGCUGUCUCCCUUUGGACACUGCUGUUUUUGAAUAAACAAAACAGGACUUCACAACUGAGCAGAAACGACUCUCGACAAUCUUGACUUACUGUAAAUGGAGGUGAGCUCACCCUCCAGUGUGGGCAUUGUGUACAUCAGUAUAUCAUCUGUUAAUAUUUCCCAAGAUUGUACAUUUCCAGACAGUUUCAUUUCCUUUUCAUCGACCUAGAUUUUUCUUAAACUGCCGUGGUUGCAUUAUAUUUCUGCCUAUGUAUGGAACAUAAAUCAUGAUUGUAUUUGCUCUGUACAAUUCAUCUCUGUAUUCUGAUGCCUGUUGAUCAGGGAAAACGGUUCAUUUCCAUCCAUUUCAUUUGAAACCAUGUGUGCGUUGAUACCGGAAGGAACGCUUUUAAACCUAAGCAGCGAUCACGUUAAAUGUAAACUAAAAGUUGGAUGGACGGACUUGUUUCACUCAGCACUGUCUGUAUCACAAGGCCUUUUACUAAUUGUUGCCAAGUGGACUGAACACUGGCUUUUUAAGUGGGACGUCUGUAACAAUGGACAACUGAACUUUGCCUAAUGUUCAGGCUCUCCUUUUGUACCAUUACAAUAUAUGAAAAUAAAAUUCAAGUUAAAAUUC